GGCCCUCCCUUCCCCGCCCGGGAAGCGCUGAGGGGAACUCCUCGCUCGGGUCCUGCCCUUCCCUCAGCCCUCCCACCUGCCCUUAGAAGGCGGCCGGUGGAGGGGGGGCUGAGAGGUUUGCGGUCCAGAGAUGAUGGCAUUUAGGUUUGCCUUUGAGCGAAAGGUUCGAUGCCUUACAAAGCAAAUGACUUUCCCUGCACCGGGUGCAGGGGCAGAACUUCUCACCUGCCCCAGAGUUACGUUCCAUGUGGAAAGGUUAAGGUUUCCUCGCCACCUCUCCUGGUUUCACAGUGAACAGUGACUUCGUGUACCUGAGGUGACACAGCCUCUAAUUAGAGCGCACGGGCACUUUUUGUGUUGGUGACUUAGGUUUUGUGGUAGGUCAGGAUCUUAAAGAAGAGGUAAGGGCUUAAAAUACCUUUUACAGAUUCUGGCUGUUAAGCUGGAAAAGCCUGCAAACCCCUGACGUCUCAGUGCUGAGCCGUGAGGCUCUGACCCUGUCCUUCGCUCCCUUUGUGCUUCGUUGCCCUUGGACGUUCUCCUCCUUUUCCUGCUUUCUCUCUCAGGGUCGCUGUCAGUGAUACAGCUGUUUCCUUUCUCCAGAGCACAACAAAGGCAACGUGAAUAACGGGGACCUGAAGUUCAGUAUGGCAGGGACAGAAAGCCUAUACCGCAAAGUGAGGACAGAAGACUUUUUGGUGAAGGUAAAAACGAAGCUCUGCAGCAUGCAAUGUCUGAACAGAAAGAACAGAAGCAAGUGAUCCAGCUUGAAGUGACAUUUUCUAGUUAUCUAGAAAGUGGUGCAGGCUGACCUUCCCACUCCCACCUUUAUAACUCUCAUCCCAGAUCACUCGGUCCAGAUUAAAGAGGAUGAUGGUGGGCGGCCCCGACUGACCUUGCUUCCAAAGGUGAACGUGAAAAACAGCAACCUGAGAGCCAACACUGAACAUAUUGAAAGCACAACACUGGGAAGCACUGAAGACCUCCUCUUUCCAUUGAGUGCUUUUCCUUCCUCCAGCAAAACCUGGGGCUCAUCACUGUCCUUACACAACUGGACUCUGCUGUGAGACCCUUCAAUAAGGUAUUCAGACAGAUAAUCUGCUGGUUUGCAACUCUGCCAAUUAGGCUUGUACAAUUUCCCUCAAGGAUGAAUGAAAGCACAGAUAUCCAUUGUUAUACUAGAAGCUGCUAUGGCUGUGCUCCACGGGAAGAGUUCUCCUACCAUUACACUAUUUUAAUAUUGAAUCUGUUAUACUUGGUGGAACCUGCUUAAGAAUAAUGAAGAAAAGGAAGGAUACUCUGUCAUGUAAUGUUACUGUUACAUAUUGAUUCAACAGUGGCAUAUCUCAUUUCUAAUGAUCUUCUGGAUAUCCUUGGUGACAAAAUUGAUCAGUAGUUACAGGAGACAGUUUCUGACGGAUCCUGCAGUCAGAGUGCUGGUAUCAUGUCACAGCCCAUGAGAUACGCAGCAGCUGCUUCUGCUACGACAACCCGGCGGCGCUCCAGACGCAGGUUCAGGGGGAUAUGAAGGUGAACACGGCACGGUUCAUGGCACUCUAUGCCUGGUAUUCCUGGCCCAACGUGGUUCUUUGCUUCUUUGGAGGCUUUCUAAUAGACAGAGUUUUUGGAAUACGGUUGGGCACUGUAAUAUUCAGCAUCUUUGUUUGCGUUGGGCAGGUGAUUUUUGCCUUGGGUGCACUAGUUAAUGCUUUUUGGCUGAUGGAAGUGGGCAGAUUUAUAUUUGGAAUAGGUGGUGAAUCCUUAGCAGUGGCACAAAACACGUAUGCAGUCAGCUGGUUUAAAGGCAAGGAGUUAAAUCUCGUGUUUGGAUUACAACUGAGCAUGGCCAGAAUUGGGAGCACAGUGAACAUGAAUAUCAUGGGAUGGAUAUACUCGCGAGUUCAAGAUCUUCUGGGGCAUACUGGUCACGCUACUCUUGGAUUAACUCUCCUGAUAGGUGGCAUAACAUGUCUCUUCUCACUGGCCUGUGCCCUAAUCCUUGCUUAUCUGGACAAGAGAGCAGAGAAGCUCCUUUGUAAAGAGCAGGGAAAAACAGGUGAAGUCAUCAAGCUGACCGAUGUGAAGAACUUCUCUUUGUCAUUGUGGCUUAUAUUUGUAAUAUGUGUCUGCUAUUACGCAGCGGUCUUUCCUUUCAUUGGACUUGGAAAGGUCUUCUUCAUUGAAAAAUUCCAAUUCUCAUCUCAAGAAGCAAGUGCAAUUAACAGUGUUGUGUACAUUAUAUCGGCUCCCAUGUCCCCUGUCUUUGGAAUCCUGGUGGAUAAAGUUGGAAAGAAUAUCAUCUGGGUUUUAUGUGCUGUAAUAACGACGCUCGCUUCUCAUAUUAUGUUGGCUUUCACUUUCUGGAACCCCUGGAUUGCAAUGUGCUUACUAGGAGUGGCGUACUCCUUGCUUGCCUGUGCCCUGUGGCCCAUGGUGGCCUUUGUUGUUCCAGAACAUCAGCUGGGAACCGCUUAUGGCUUCAUGCAGUCUAUCCAGAAUCUCGGUCUGGCAGUUAUUGCUAUAGCAGCUGGGAUGAUUCUGGACACAAGAGGAUACCUGUUUCUUGAAGUCUUCUUCAGUGCUUGUGUUUCCUUGUCACUGGUAGCUGUAGUCAUGCUGUAUUUUGUGAAUCACCUAACAGGUGGUGAUCUUAACUGGUCGGCAAAGAAGAGGGAAAAACUGCAAAAAGUAGCUGCAAAUGAAGCAGAAGAACAAGAGAGACUCAGACGUCAAAAUGAAGAUGACUUGGCUAAAUUACAGCCAAAAGAUGAUGACUUUAGUUUAAGGAAUAAAUACCUCUCCAGACUAGGCGCUCAGCUACCAGAUAAUUACUCUUCCUAUUUAUCGACCAUGGCACACAGAAGCGUGUUGAAAUAGCAUCUUGCCUCACUUGCAAGAGCAGAAAUACGCUGAUGUUCCUGUACACAAAACUUUAUUUCCAGUACUGAGAACUCUUGCAGCGAAGGCAGAACGAUACGCCACGUUUUUCUGCAAGCGUAGAUCUCAUUUUAAAAGUAUGUGGCUUAAAUUCCUUUCUGCACCUUAAGGCAAAUAACACACAGAUACUGAGGAAGAAUCGUCUGGCUGUUCACUUGAACACACGAACUACAUGCUAAACCAUCCUUAAGUACUCAGUGAGUAGCUCAAGCCAACAACAAAGACCUGAUUUCUUAAUAUGCAACCAUGGGUGAAACAUAGAAGCUUUCCUACAGUAAUGGAGUUGCUGUGAAAUGAGUUGUGGUGUAAGCAUGGAAUAUUUAGCCUCUCGAGUUGGACAACUUUAUUACCAUGUUGCAAACGAUCUGUUUCAUUUUUCUUAUAGAAAAUGUGAGGAAAGACUGCCUCUUUUAUUUUGGCUCAAGUAAAUAUUUCUGAGGAAGUUAAGCUCUACACUUCCAAUGCUACCCUUCAAAAAGUACAAGUCCUGGAACUUAAUACGAGAUGAUAGGCUUAGCAGUAACCUCAUGUAAGUCAGGAUUAAUGUGAAAAUUGAUCUGCUUAAGAGGUUGCAACUAAAAAACAUGGGAAGAGUUAAAUGUAAGAACUGCAUUUUGGCACUCUGGAGAAAGUGGUUGCGUUUCAUUAUGAAGGUUGCAGUCUUCCUGUAAUUUCUGUGGAAGGCUUGUUCCUGAGCAGAGCUAGUUCCCACUAACUCCUGCAGAGUGCAUUUCCAGUAUUGUUUUCUCUUGUUUUUCUUAACCAUGAAGCCUCAUCUGUGUAUUUAAACAUAAGUUCCUAAGCACUAAUCUUACUCUAAAUGCAGGAGCAUCUGGCUUUCUUGAGCACAGGUUGCACUGAGCAAGGAGCUGCUGUAGGAGCAGAGCACCAGGUGCACAGGGGUGAGUGAGCUCUUGUUGGCUGCCCUCAGGGAGUUUUGUGUGCCACGGUGCUCGGCACAGUUCUGCAGGUCGGUUGACUGCAGAGGAAGUAUUUUAUUAUAAUAAAAAUGUUACGUUAUAUCUAUACAGUGUUUUUUUUUCUUUGUUUGUUUUGCAAACCAGCCUGCAGUGGUUUGGACAGAUCUGAAAGUCACAGUUUUAAGGGUUUUUUUUUUGUUUGGUUGUUUUGUUUUUAAAGAUACUUCUCAGUGGAGGUUUACAUUCCUGGAAGACAAAAGUAAUCUGACUGAAACACUAAGCCAGGAGCAUCUGCAUUGAUAGCAAUGUAUUCCAAAGAGCAAUGUUGGAAAACAAAGUGACAGUCUGAGCAAUGCUGAGGUUACUGCAGAAGGGAAGGUAGCACCCUGACCUGUGAUAACUUCUGUUGGUGCUUUCUGUGCUCUCUUAGGGAGCCAGACGCUAUCGGCUGCGAGAACAGAUGAUGUAAGUUUGGUUGGUUCUGCUUGUAAACUUGUGAAUUCUGGGUCUUUUUAAAUAAAAGCUUUAAAUGGA